GUUUAGUAUUCGACGUACGACGACCAAGUUGAAACCGCGAUUGUCAAUGAGAUUUUCUUGCUGAUUUUCGGAAUGUGAUCAUUGAUAAGAUCAUUGACUUGACAUAAUUGUGAGAGUUUUAGUAAAAUAAUGAAAUGAUAUAAUCAAGAAGAAAGAUCAAGCCAACAAAGAAAAACUUACUCAUGAAAGAUUAUUGAAAUAUAAUUCAAACGUCAUACAUUUCCUUAUAAGGAAUGAAAUUAAUGAAGGAGAAAAUAAAAAAGAAGAGAAAAUAAAAUUCCGGAAGAAAAGUUAUAAAACAAAGAAACUUUCAGAUAUCCAUUACAAUUUCUCCAUUCGUGUCGCAAUCAACAGAUAUAAUGUUACCAGAACUAUUUUCAGUUGGAAGUACGAUGCAAGAAGAUUUUGGUUUUUUAAAUGUUAACAAUUGCUACUCGGAAAAGGCGACGACAUCAAACACAAAUCCAAAUGAACUGAUUGAUUUGGAGUCGACAAAUGCGUCCACUUAUAAUAAAACUACCCUGCAACCAUCCAAAAUAAAGUCUGAAGACUCUCCAGACAUCAACAAGUGGCCGUUUAACUAUGGAAUUAACUUUUUGCGAACGUCAGACGAUCCAAUGAUAUCGAGCGUGAAUCAAGAGAUCGAUAACCAUGACAAUGAACUUCUACGAAGUGACUCAACUAGCACCGAUACUCCCACAACGCCCUCGUUCGAAACCACAAGUCCAAGUCAGCAAUCUCUUAAAUCGAAGUUUCAAGUAUCUCGCAUGUCAGAAUCUCACACAACACGAACGCAACGUUCGACCACAAAAACAAGACGAAAAGGUCCAAUGAAACUUCGCUUUCAUCAUCAAGCAAUUCCUGCAGAAUAUCUGAAUCAUUAUGAAUCACAACAAAAUCAAUUGCAAGUGCAAGAGAAUCUGCGUCAACAGCAACAACAACAAUCAAUCCCACCUAAGAAGAAGCAAAAUACGAAAUUGCCAGCAACAGCGCCACCACCUGUUGCAGAAAAACCGAAUAUUGAUACGAAAAUAAAUAAUGAAAGUAUCAUCUACUGGUUGCAGAAUAUUUUAGAAACACAAAAUAGUGAUGAAGUGAAACAACUGCCAAAGGUUCGCAAUAUCCCGAUUGAAGUACCUCCAACAACUUCUAAGACGCAAUGCUUAAAGGAUUUGCCUUAUAUGGGCGAAAUGACUUUAGAGAAUAUGAAGCCAAGACGAGGUCGAAAACCAAAGAAAGCUGAUAUUUGUCACUUGAUUUAUAAGAAUUAUGGAACGAUCGUUCCAGGAAGUGCUGCAUCAACAGCUACAACUACCAUUGCAACAUCAACAAAUAUCAAGAAACCUGCUGAACAUUUGAAGAAAAAGUCACCAACACUUCAACUGAAGAAAGUUAAAGAAAAUGAAUCGAAAUUGAACGAUAAUUCAACAACAAAAUCAACGAAAACUGCAACCAAAUUGUCCCAAAACGAACCUUUAAAUCUUUGCAUUCGUGAAACAAAAUUUCAAGUUGAAGACUCUUCAAUUCUUAUCAGUGACGACAAUGAAGAUAGUAAUGGAUUAGGUCCACCACCUACACGUGCAAAGGCGAUGAUCGAUCCAGCAGAAACUGACAGCAUUGAUUUGGAAUUUUCAUCGACUAUUCCUUCAUUGAUAUCGCCACUUGAUUUAUCGGGAGAUUUGCCUGCAACAAGUAGAGAAUUUUUUAGAACCACGAACGUCACACCUCCACUUUCAAGUUCAACAUCAACACCUACAACUCCUUCAUUAUCAGGGGCACCGCCAGGUUACGUGUAUUGGCCCAGUGCUGGCUUAUUUAUUCAUCCAAUGGCUUUCUACUAUCAGAAAAUGAUGGAUGGAAGAAUGACUAACGAUUCGUCAACAUCAUCAUCAAAUUCUUCAAUCUCAUCAAUGUUUAACAACGAUGCGAAUACAUUGUGGGAACAAAACAUGUCAUCAUUACAAACUGAAACUUCUUCAACCAAUCCUACAAAUGAGGUCAGCAUUUGUAAGUUUAAAUUCACUGGUGGUGCCAAGCCCAGUUUACAAGAGAAGAAAAUUCUUUCAGUUGAUGCCGGAGGUAACUUCAGAUAUUACUCAGGAACGGGUGAUAAGUCAAUGCGAGGAUAUGAAUUCUUUCCGCGUGAAAGUCUUAGACAAAGUAGUUUAGCUUCAGGUUCACACACGAAUGCAUUUCUUAAUGCAGCGAGUGAGAAAAUCCCUUUGGAUUUACUUCCACCAAUUACUGUGGAUUUGAACAAUAAACUUUUGAAUUUAACAACCGACGUUGAUACAUCAAAGAUAUUGGACAAUAAUAAUUUUACGAUCGAACCUGAAAAUGUUCAAAUGAGAAUUGAUUCCGAAGAAGAUCGCGUUAAUAGGAGAAAGAAGUCAUCAAAUCGUUCGAUUCAACGAGCGAAACUUGAAAAGACAUUCAAAGAAAAAGGAUUUCUUAUUCAGACACAACAACUGCAAUCAGCGGAAGGUGCAACUUAUUGCAAGUUUCGACAACUGAGGAAAUUCACAAGAUAUUUAUUCAGAAGUUGGAAAGAUUACUUACCAACAGAUGAAAACGGGACUCAAUCUCACGAACCAGAAUCAAGUGUUGCAAGAUGUCCUGCUUCGAGUGCUUCAUAA